GAAAUUUCUGAAAAUGAAGAAAAAUGACGAAGAUGAAUAAUUCGUUUGAGUUGCGUUGAAAUCGGGUGGCUGUUUGGGACAAUCACGAAAUAUGCGGUGACCAGUUGCAUGCGGAAAGGCUGUGCGAGACAUGGCAUUUGUCUACGAAAUGAGAUUUGUGCGAUUUGAAGAGUGAAACGCUGUGGCCGUAAUCGAAGUGAAAUUUCAAUUCGAAUUUGAGGAAUUUCAGGAAUUUUCAAGUGCAAAAUGCCGGCAAGAAAGCAAAAAAACAAAAAGAAACAUAAUCAUCAGCAACAACAACAACAGCAACAGAAACCACACCAACAAGCCAGCGUUGCAGAUUCUCCAGCUAUUGUGGAUCAGCAAUUUGAGUGCCGCGAUUUGCCAACCAAGCAGAUUCCUUAUAGAAUUGAAAAAUCAUCAAUAUUGGGUCGCUACUUGGUGGCGAAUCGCGACUUAAAUGCAGGUGAAUUGCUCAUUACAGAGGCGCCUUUGGCAAUAGGGCCUUGUGUUUCAGCCGAUGCAGUGUGCUUGGGUUGCUAUAUGCCCGUGGAGCUGCAAUCAUCGCAAUACCGUUGCGCGGGUUGCAAAUGGCCCAUGUGCGGACCCCAAUGCCGUGGCCUACAUCAACCCACCGGCCACACAGUCCAGGAAUGCGAGUUACUAUGCAAACACAAUAUCGGCACAGCACUCAGCGCCGCCUAUGGCCAAGUCGAUUUGGUGAAGAACUACUAUGAGCUCAUCCUAAUUGCGCGCAUUUUGCUAUACAAGCAAACGGCACCGGACAAAUAUGCCGACAUAUUACAAAUGGAAUCUCACACCGAGCUACGCAAAGCUAAUAGCGAAUUGUGGCAACACUAUGAGGAAAAUGUGGUGCAGCGGUUGCAACGCGACUGGGGCAUGUGCGCAGUGAGCGCCGCUGAGAUACAUACCAUUUGUGGUAUUUUGGAUGUGAAUUGUUUCGAAAUCGGACAGAAUUCGGCAAAGGCGCGCAGUUUGUACAAGAGCGCAUUUUUGCUAGCACACGAUUGUUGCCCCAAUACCGCACAUACCGAUGAUCCGCAAACGUAUGCGAUAAUUUUGCGUACAUCACGGCCCAUACGAAAGGAUGAAGGCAUUACAUUGAGCUAUGCGUACACGCUGCAGGGUACCUUAAAGCGGCGCGAGUUCAUGCAUGCAGGGAAAUUAUUUUGGUGUUGCUGUCAACGUUGCACCGACCCCAAGGAGUUAGGCACGGAUUGCAGUGCAUUGGUAUGCCCAGAUUGCAAAAGCGGAUCAGUGCGAUCAGUUGAGCCACUGAAUGAGGCAGCUGAAUGGAAAUGUGAUCAGUGUGACUAUAAGUUACAGGUUAAGGAAAUUGUGAAAUUACUAGAUGUAAUUAAUAUGAAUUUGGAGUCUAUAGAUGCUCAUAACAUACCCGGAUUGGAAGCUUUCCUGAAAAAGUACGAGCGUGUGCUUGGACGCAAUCACUAUUUGCUUCUCUCUGCCAAGUAUUCACUCUGUCAAAUCUAUGGCCGUACCGAAGGCUAUCUGCUGAACACAAUGCCACUUAAAGAUUUGGAGAAGAAGGAAAAUUAUUGUCGCGAUUUUUUGCGUAUAAUCGACAUUUUAGAACCGGGACUAACUCGAUUGAGGGGUCUCAUCUUGUAUGAGCUGCAUGGUGCCAUAAUGAUGCGUUCACAGCGACAGAUGUUCGCUAAUGAGAUAAGUGAGGCGGCUUUCAAGCGCAAUAUUAAGGAAGUUAUCAAAUGUUUGCAAGAGAGUCGAGAUAUUCUGCAAUUGGAACCUUUGGGAUCGAAUGAGUAUGAAAUGGGUGCAGCUGCGGCCAAUGCGUUGAUGCAAAUGGGUGUUCAAUGAAUGUGAUGACUAAAAGGUCUAUUCACGCUCGCCAAUGUAUAUAUGUAUAUAUAUUAAAGUACGCUGUUUUUGAAAUAAUUUCCCUUUCUUCAACUGUUGGCGGGCUCAGUUCUUGUGUGGUGAUGGUGACUAAUAUAUCAAACUCGUUUCAUCAGAAAUCAUUAAACCACUACAAGCGCAGAUGCACACACACACACACACACACACACACACACACACACACACACACACACACACACACACACGCCCACACACAUACACAACCACACACCAUUAUUCCAUUAUAAGACAGAUCGUUCUCAACAUUUACCUCACCAUUGAAAUGCAUGCAUUCAUAGCUCACUAUUAAAUCGCCAUUUGAAUAACAAAAUUUUGUUAUCAUUAUAAUGAAAGUGUUUCCAUCUUGUCACUUUACAAUAAAAUCAUUUAUUACACUUUUGCUAA